AUGUCUCUUCCGCCCUCUCCACCAAGCCCACGUGCAAAUGCAGACACAAUUGCAGAUGUACGUGAAGACGCUCUCUCCAUCGAGAAACCAUUGCCAUCCUUAACCGAAAAACCAUCACAUGCUGCUGGUGUAUCAAGUGUCAGUAAAUCGUCUGAAAAAAAUGGUGCUGAAUCAUUUGUGAGUACUGAAAAAUCUGCCAAAUUUGCUAAAGAUACUGCUGAUAGAUCUUUAGCGGCUAACGAAUCUUUAGUGACGCCUGCUGUGCUUGCACCAGGCCCGUUUCGCCGCUACCUUGUGACUACUCCGCUUCUUCAUAUCACGCUUACCCCAUUGGAACGUUGGGCAGUUCCCAUACUGACUCUGGUCACUCUUAUCGUCCGUUGUUGGUCUCUUACACAACCUCCCUCUGUAGUUUUUGACGAAGUCCAUUUUGGUAAGUUUGCCGCCAAGUACGUCCGCCACGUAUUCUUUUUCGAUGUUCAUCCACCCUUGGCCAAAUUACUAUUUGCUGGUAUUUCAUGGUUUGCUGGUUCUGAUGGCCGUUUUGAAUUCGAUGCCAUUGGAACCGAGUUCCCCACCGGUGUACCGUACGUUGCAAUGCGUCUGCUAUCAUCACUCAUGGGUGUUGGUACAGUAUUAGCAAUGUAUUACACUUUACGUGCUUCCGGUGUUCAAGUACUUGUUGCAUUACUAAUGAGUGCUUGCUUGGCAGUGGAAAAUGCCUUUGCUACGAUCUCCCGUUACAUUUUACUAGACUCACCUCUAGUGUUUUUCAUUGCAUUGGCCACAUUGUUCUUCACACGUUAUCAAUUAUAUGAACCACUCUCAUUACAGGGUCUAUUCAAUUUACUUCUAUCGGGAUUAUUCUUAGGUUGUGCUGCCUCUUCGAAAUGGGUUGGUUUCUUUACUGUUGCCUGGGUCGGCUGUCUCUCACUUAUCCGUGUUUGGUUAUUCCUUGGUGACCUACGUCGUUCCACAACCUCUUUGUGUCGUAUCAUCGCAUCAAAACUCUCUCUACUACUUUUAAUCCCAUUCAGUAUUUAUUGCAUUUCAUUCUACAUACAUUUCCAACAGUUAACUCAAUACGACAUUGGUGCUACUAUUUUUUCACCAGAAUUACGUUCCACCCUCCACGGUAAUCCAGUUCCUGAAAAAGUCUUGCUUGACGUCGGUCUUGGCUCCGAAGUUACUUUACGCCACGUUGGAACCGACGGCGGUUAUUUGCACUCUCAUCCUGAACCUUACCCUGAAGGUUCUGGUCAACAACAAAUCACACUGUACGGCCAUUCAGAUCCAAAUAAUAAAUGGCUUAUUGAAGAUCCAGAAAUCCCCUUUGGAAGACCAGCUAGUUUCCGCAAUUUAACUGAUGGAUCUCGUAUAAGAUUCCUUCAUUCAAUGACACAAAGAAGACUUCAUUCGCACGAUCACAAAUGCCCUGUGUCUACUUAUAGUGACUGGCAAAAGGAAGUUUCUGCAUAUGGUAACCCAGGGUUCAAUGGUGAUCCUAAUGAUGAUUGGAUUGUGGAAAUUGAUAAGGAACAUUCUGAACCAGGUGAAGCACAAAUACGUGUUCAAGCUAUGCGUACCAAAUUCAGAUUAAGACAUGCGUUAAUGAGUUGUUAUUUAUUUUCUCAUGAUGUGAAAUUACCCGAAUGGGGUCAUGGUCAACAAGAAGUUACAUGUGCUUAUAUGGGUAAACCAGACUUGUUAUUAUGGCAAGUAGAGGAUAAUGAAAGAAUCGAUGAUGACGUUGCUGUAGCACAGACCAUUUCUUACAAGACACCUUCUUUUUGGCAAAAAUUCGUCGAAGUAAAUCGUGUCAUGUAUUCUUCAAAUAAUAAGCUUACAGGCUCACAUCCUUACCAAUCACAACCUCAAGAUUGGCCAUUUUUGAAAAGAGGUAUUUCUUAUUGGGGCAGACCUUACAAACAAAUCUAUUUCAUGGGUAAUGCUGUAGUGUGGUGGAGUACCACAUUCUCCCUAGUGGCAUUUAUCAUGAUUGCUCUUUUAGAAUUAAUCAUGUGGCAAUUAAAUUAUCGUGUUUUACAAGAUCCAGAGAUUAUUAAUUUUUUCAUUCAAUCGUUUGAAUUUGCCCUCGGGUAUGCAUUACAUUACGUUCCAUUUUUCUUUAUGGGACGUCAAUUAUAUUUACAUCAUUAUUUACCUGCCUACUAUUAUGGUAUUUUGGUCCUAUCACAUAUGUUAAACAUACUGGUUACAUAUGUUUUCCGUAACAAAAAAAAUGUGGCAUAUGUGAUUUUAUUCGUUUACAUAACUUGUACAUUGAAAUUUUACCAAACUUAUAAACCUUUGAGUUCUGGUGAGUUGUGGACGAAAUCUCAAUGUGAAAAAUCUCGUCUUUUACAAGGCUGGGAUUAUCAUUGUUUCAAUUACUUGGACUCAAUGGAAGAUUAUUCUAGUUUACCAAGUGAAGUUUUUGAAACAGAAAUCGUUGCUCCAUACGUUUCAAACCAAUUUACUUUUAAUGAACCAGAUGAACCAUUAGCUUUACCAGAGGAUAAUUAUGAUAAUACUGAUGAUGCCGAUGAAGAAGAUUUCAAACGUCAACAACAAUUAUUACAACAACAGUUCCAACAACAACAACAACAACUACAGCAACAGUUCCAACAACAACAACAAGAGUUGCAAAGAAGGUACAACCAAAGGGGUGCACAAGGGCAAUACGCUCCUCCACCUGGCGUCCAUAAUCCUGGUGCUAAUGCCCCUCCUCCUAAUGUUGCUCCUGGCUCUUACGUAAAACCUCCUAAUCAAAAACAAGAAGAAAGAAAACAAAAAAUGGAGGAACGUAAAAGAGAAAGAGUUCAAAGAGAAUAUAAAAAAUUUGCAGAAAAAAUAGGUACCGCCACAGACGCAGAACGUAAUAAAAACUUGAACGUUGAUGAAAAACUAAAGCAAGUAGAUGAAAUCUUAGAAAGAGCUCAAGGCCAUGCCAAAUUCGUAGACCAAGACGGUAAUGAAAUCCCGGAAAAUAUGGUCAAACAAUUGUUACAAAAUAGUGGAGGGUAUAUCAUUGGCUCAACAAAGAGAGUCGUAGGUCCCCGUCAAACCUAG